AUGCUAUCGAUGGCGAAACUCUUCAAGAGUGUGGCCGUGUUGGCUAUGCUUGGCCUAUCGCGUUCGGAAAGUAAUGUUGCUGAUGACACUUACUUCUACGGCCAGUCAGAACCGGUUUAUCCAUCGCCAAUCGGCACUGGGAAUGGGGACUGGCAGGUAGCCUAUGGUAGGGCUGCGGCUCUGGUUGCACAGAUGACCCUGGAAGAGAAAAAUAAUCUGACCUACGGUGUGCCCGCCCCGAAUGGUUGCGUGGGGUGGAUUCAGCCGAUUCCGCGUCUGAAUUUCCCUGGCCUGUGUCUGCAGGAUGCGCAAAACGGCGUGCGAAUCACCGAUUUUGUGAAUAGCUACCCAAGUGGGAUACAUGUUGGUGCUAGGGAGUUGGCGUACAAGCGAGCAUGGCACCUUGGUGCCGAAUUCAAAAAGAAGGGAGUUCAGGUCGCUCUUGGACCAGCGGUUGGCCCACUGGGACGUAUCCCCACCGGUGGUAGAAAUUGGGAAGGGUUCUCCGUCGACCCAUACCUGGCCGGAGCCAUUGGCGCCGAGACUGUCAAGGGGACCCAGCGUCAAGGUGUUAUUACAAGUGUGAAGCAUUUAAUCGCCAAUGAGCAAGAGCGCUACCGCAUGCCUUCUAUCAGCCAGGCCAACUUGUCGAUCGAGGCAGUUUCUUCCAACGUCGAUGACAAGACUCUGCAUGAACUUUAUUUAUGGCCAUUUUACGAUGUGCUCAAGGCAGGUGCCGGAAAUGUUAUGUGCUCUUACCAACGGAUCAACAACUCCUACGCCUGCCAGAACAGCAAGAUGAUGAAUGGAAUCCUGAAAACUGAGCUAGGCUUUAACGGUUUCGUUGUCAGUGACUGGUAUGGUCAACAUUCCGGCGUGGCGUCGGCCCUGGCAGGUCUGGAUAUGUCUAUGCCAUAUGGGGCUUCCUACGACGGUGAAAGCUAUUGGGGAAGCAACUUCACGGAAGCCAUUUCUAACGGAAGUGUUCCGGUCUCGCGUCUAGAUGACAUGGCUACGCGAAUCAUUGCUGCCUGGUAUCAGAUGGGACAGGACAGAGGCUCCAAUCCCGGAGUCGGAAUGCCCUCCAAUCUAAGCGAACCGCAUGUCGUCGUCAACGCUCUCGAUCCUGCCGCGAAGCCAGUUAUUUUCGACAGUGCGGUAGAGGGCCAUGUACUCGUGAAGAAUGUGAAGAACGCCCUGCCUCUCCAGGCCCCCCGCAUGAUAUCAGUGUUUGGAUAUGAUGCGAAAUCACCCAACCAAAAUAUGCCUGACACCGCCCCGGUUACUGCCUGGGAAGUUGGCUAUGAAUCAGCCUUGAUUCAGAUGGCCAACGCCUACAACAAUAUGAAAACUCCUAGCUUUCCGAGCAUAUACCAGGCCGCACUGAACGGCACGCUCAGCGUUGGUGGUGGCUCUGGCGCCAGCAGUGGGCCCUAUUUAAGCAGUCCUCUGGACGCCCUCCAACAGCGUGCUUAUGAAGACAACACCAUGCUGAUGUGGGACAUCGACUGCUCUCCUAGCUCAACGGGGCUGAUGUCAGGCUCUGAUGCGUGUUUGGUCUUCAUCAACGCCUUCGCUUCGGAGGGCUGGGACCGUCCCGGUAUCCAUGACGACUACUCCGAUGAACUCGUUAACCGGGUGGCAGACCAUUGCGCCAACACCGUGGUGGUGAUUCACAACGCAGGGAUUCGUCUGGUGGACCAGUUCGUCCACCACCCCAACGUGACGGCUAUUAUCUUCGCCCAUUUGCCUGGCCAAGACUCCGGCCGUGCUUUAGUGUCGCUAUUGUACGGUGACAAUAAUUUCAGCGGCAAGCUCCCCUAUACCGUCGCCAAAAAUGACACCGAUUACCCCGUCUUGCACCACUCGGAAGCGGUCCCACCUGACGGCCGAUUUCCGCAAUCCAACUUCACCGAGGGGGUGUACAUCGACUAUCGUGCAUUUGAGGCGGAAAACAUUACUCCGCAGUACGAGUUUGGCUUUGGUCUCUCGUACACGUCAUUUUCCUUCUCGGAUCUUUCCAUCUCCAAUAGCCCUCCACACAAGAGUCUUGCGGAGUACCCAAGUGGUGCCAUCGAGCAAGGGGGUGCCGUUGACCUUUGGGAUACCAUCGCCACCGUUACAUCCACGAUCCACAAUACAGGUCCUAGAUCCGGAGCAGAAGUAGCUCAGCUGUAUGUCAGGCUGCCCGGGGGGGACUUCAAACAGCUUCGUGGGUUUGAGAAGAUUCAGAUCGCGCCCGGUGGCUCCGCGACUGUUGAAUUUCCUCUGACUCGCCGUGACCUGAGCACAUGGGAUGUAGUUGCGCAGAAAUGGCUGUUGCAGCGCGGAACAUACCAGGUAUAUGUGGGCUCGUCAAGCCGCAACCUUCCCUUGACUGGUUCUCUACGUAUUUGA